GUGGAUUAGUUUUCAGCCUACCAUUUCUACGCUUAAGAAUAAUAAAGGAGAGAUGCCGCGCAAAAUCAUUCUGGAUUGUGAUCCUGGUAUUGACGAUGCUGUUGCCAUGCUCCUUGCGCAUGGUAAUCCAGAGAUCAAGCUCUUGGCCAUUACAACUGUUGCGGGGAAUCACACACUGGACACUGUCACACACAAUGCUCGCAUUGUGGCUGACAUGGCUGGAAUCACGGGAGUUCCGAUCGCCGCCGGCUGUGUACGGCCGUUGUUGGAGUCGCUGAAAAUCGCUGACUACGUCCAUGGCGGUACGGGUCUGGGGUGUGCGCAGCUACCGGACGAGGUCCACACCCCGUUGGAUCCUCGCCACGCGGUUAACGUUAUCAUCGACACGAUCAUGUCGCACGAGCCCAAGACUGUGACCCUGGUUCCGGUGGGUCCUCUCACCAAUAUUGCUAUGGCUGUGAGGAUGGAGCCGCGUAUUGUUGAGCGUGUGAAGGAGAUUGUGCUGAUGGGAGGAAGCUGCGGAACUGGAAAUGUCACUCCUGCUGCAGAGUUCAACAUGCGCACCGAUCCUGAGGCAGCGCGCAUUGUGUUCAACGAGAAGUGGCCCCUGACUAUGUUGGGUCUGAAUCUCACAUCACAAACGCAAAUGACGACAGAUGUGGCGGACCGUAUCACGGCACUUGACACAAAGCUAUCAAAAUUUAUCACGGACAUUCUGAGAUUCUACGGGAAAGGGCAAGUCCAGAGAACGAAUUCUUACCCAGUGGUACAUGACCCAUGCGCUGUUGCGUACGUGAUUGAUCCAUCUGUGAUAACGACAAGGCGUGCCCCCUUGGAUGUGGAGCUAGCUGGGGCGCUGACAAGGGGCAUGUCGGUGCCAGACGUCCGUGCGCCUCCUUCCGAAGACUGUCACACGCAAUUUGGAGUUAAACUUGACUUUGACAAGUUUUGGGGUCUUAUUAUCGACGCAUUGAAGCGAAUCGGGGGCCCAAAUUAG